GCCAAGAUGGCGAUGGAGAUGAGGCUUCCCGUUGCUCGCAAGCCUCUUAGCGAGAGCGUGGGCCGCGAUACUAAGAAACAUCUGGUGGUUCCGGGGGACACGAUCACCACGGACACGGGAUUCAUGCGGGGCCAUGGAACUUACAUGGGGGAAGAGAAGCUCAUUGCAUCUGUGGCUGGCUCAGUGGAGAGGGUAAACAAGUUGAUAUGUGUGAAAGCUUUGAAAACCAGAUAUAAUGGUGAAGUAGGAGACAUUGUGGUGGGGAGAAUCACAGAGGUUCAACAGAAGAGGUGGAAGGUGGAGACCAAUUCUAGGCUGGAUUCAGUCUUGCUCCUGUCAUCCAUGAACCUUCCUGGAGGAGAGCUGAGGAGAAGAUCUGCAGAAGACGAGCUGGCAAUGAGAGGUUUCUUGCAGGAAGGGGACCUCAUCAGUGCCGAGGUACAGGCGGUGUUUUCUGAUGGCGCGGUCUCUCUGCACACAAGGAGUCUGAAAUACGGAAAACUGGGCCAGGGAGUUUUGGUCCAGGUUUCCCCCUCCCUAGUGAAACGGCAGAAGACUCACUUCCAUGACUUGCCCUGUGGUGCCUCGGUGAUUCUGGGUAACAAUGGCUUCAUCUGGAUCUACCCCACACCUGAGCACAAGGAAGAAGACACAGGGGGCUUCACAGCACACCUGGAGCCCAUCUCCCUCGCUGACCGAGAGGUGAUCUCCCGGCUCCGGAACUGCAUCGUCUCGCUGGUCACUCAGAGGAUGAUGCUGUAUGAUACCAGCAUCCUGUAUUGCUACGAGGCGUCCCUUCCACAUCAGAUCAAAGACCUCUUAAAGCCAGAAAUAAUGGAGGAAGUUGUUAUGGAAACACGCCAGAGGCUUUUAGAACAAGAAGGGUGAGGAGAGACAUCUGAAGGACCUGACAGUGUACACCUGAUCGGAGCAGUUCUUGAAAGUGAAGAAUCUGAUCUGUGGUCCCAUAUGUGGCUCUGUGGAGAGUUGUGACACUCAUCACUUGACCUACAUCAGGCUGCCGCUGGUCCAAAGACCUCCUUUUAGCUAUUCUAGGGCAAAGCCUGGGGGAAGUGCUACCAGCCCCUUGGGUUGCCCACAGAGUCCAGCACUAAGGGUAGUUUCAGGCCUUUAUUUUUAUUUUUCAAAGUUUUGUUAUUAUUAUUCCUUUUUUUUUUUUUUUUUUUUAACUUUCAAGCCUUUAAAAGCACACAGUGUUUCAGCCAAAUGGACUCCUAUUCAGGAAUGCUGGAGAAUCCUUUUCUUCUACUGACCAUCAAUUCACAAGGCACAAUGCCCCCAUGAAAUUGCCCCUAUAAAAAACACAGCCUCCCUGCCCCCAAAAUUGUGUUUUGGACUCUGUUCCCCCUCUGCAGCUCAAGUGCAACAUUGAAGAAUAUAAUUCGUAACUUUUUUUGUUGUUGAGACGGAGAGAGCGAGUGGGGAUGGGAGGGUGGGGAUCUUAAGCAGGCUCCAUGCCCAGUGCAGAGCCAGUGCGGGGCUGAAUCUCAUGACCCUGAGAUCAUGACCUGAGCUGAAAUCAAGAGUUGGACACUUAACCAACUGAGCCACCCCGGUGCCUGUGUACUUAGCAACAUUAAUUCAGCAGUCGAAUGGAAGAAUAAAGUCAACCAAGCAGCCUUUGCUUGGUUAGAAUCUCA